AUGGCCGGAUUCCUCCUCAUUUGUAUUUCCCCUCCUUCUACCGAGAUGAGGACUGCAUUUCCUCUUCUCCGUCUUCCGUACCUUGUACUUAUGCCUGUCUUGGAACAAAUGGAAAUUACGGAAAGAGUCUCAUUGUCCAUUCUCUCCAAACGAGUCAGAAUCUACGUGAAACUUCUCAAAAUGACAUGUGAGCAUAUCAAUGUAAUACUGAAGGAUGACAGAAUUGAGAUGAAAGUGUUUUUCGAAAACGGGGAAGAAUUGAGAGUGCUACAGUAUAUCGAUGAAACUCAACGAAGCAAUUUCAUAUAUCGACAUGAACAUGAAAUGGUUUUUUCAUGGUGCCCCGGUAGCCGACUUCCAGUAGACUAUGCGGUUUCAAUUAUGGACGUCACUCACUGCAAAUCGAUCAAUCAGUUCAUCAUCGCUGAAAUUUUUGAACACGAUUGUAUCCCAAUUGUCACAAAACUUCCGAAAAUUGAUGAAGUCGUUGUCGAACACAUUUGGCAUCCUAAAUUUCUGACUUAUGAAGCGUUACGUCAUAAAGAAAGAAUACUUCUCAGAGUUCUGAAAACUGUUUUACCAGUAUCUUCUGCAGUUCAAGUUAAUUAUCCUUUCCAAAUCCUCCAAAACCUUAAUUACCUCCGAGAAAUUUUCAAAGAGAUCUUUGACGCCGUGUCUUUGAAAAACUAUUGGGGUAGAACCAUGCCAAAUUGCGACAUGAGAUUUUCUCUUAAUGAUUUGAGAAUGACAAACGUUAAGUCAAUCGAGUUUCUUAACCCAGCCUUUGAAGUAGAAGACCUAAACGGCUAUUUCAAGUUGUGGAUGAAGAAGAAAUGUAAUGAUCGUCUGGAAUACUUGGAAGUAAGAAGCUUGAAUACCAGUAUGGAUCUCCUCUUGAAAGGACUCAACGCUGUUCCAGUUCCCAUUGAGACCAAGAGAGAAUUCCGGUUUUUGGGUAAUGUAAAACAGUUUUCUUUUGAGGAGACUACCGCCGAAUUUGAUAUAACAAGAGCCGACGGGAGACAAGCUACAAUCAGAAUCGGAACAUGGAACGGUUUGUUUCUACGUUUGGCCAGAAUCUACUAA